AUGAAGCUGUCAAUCUCAUCAUCCCGUUCCGCUGCUGAUGUUUGUGGUCCUCCGCGGCAUGCGUUGUUUGGUCGCACAAUUUGCCAACGAGCUUUCAAAAAGCUCCUGGGCUUGGGAAGUACGAGGUACACAAAAUUGAGACGCGCUGCCUUAAGCAAUCUCUGUGCGCCAAUAGAUGGCCGGACUCUCCCUCGACAGUUUCUGCUGAAGACGAAGACAGACUCCUUGAGAAAAAGAGCUCUUGUGACAGAGUUUUUGGAGUGGCUGUACAACGCAGUGAGUGAACCGAUUCCUGAAGCCAAAGGGGAUUUGGUGAACAAGCGCAAGGCGCAUGAUGAAGAACAAGAACCAGCGUCGGCAGUGAUGAAGUUUCGCCGUUUCCGUGGCAGGAGGCCAAAGCUGGCAAGAAUAGUGAACCGUGCAUGCAAGGAUCCAUCACGCCUGAGGAUGUUGCCACCUGGAUCCUACACGGACUACUUGAACAUGCUCCGUGCCAGGCAUCCCCCUGAACGCAUCUCCCUCAAGCUGUUUUCAGCUUGCGGGGUGUGCACCCGGCACAAGCUGAUAAUCAGCAAACUGGGCAAUGACAGGGCUGCCCGGGAUUCCCAGAUGCGGGAAUUUGUUGCCCACUUGCAGCGGCAGUACCGGGACAGGACCCACUAUUGGGCUGCGCGUUCAGCCAGCUGCCUACCAAUGGCGCCAAGCGGGAAGAGAACUGUAUGCUUCGUGACCGAUGCUAUUGAUCAUGCCAAAUUUCGAUUUCCCAGGUCCAGGAUAUUCCGGUCGAAAGACCUAAGCAACUACGUUCGUCCCUGCAUGGACAUGAGUGCGGUCCUGGGACACGGCAGUUUGGUCCACCUCUACCUUUCUGAACCUUAUGUCCGAAAGGACAGCAGUUGGUGUUGCGAGAUCCUGAGCCAUGCGGUGCACUGCUUGCCAUUUGACACCAGGGGCUGUGAACUGAUAGUCCAAUCGGACAAUUGCUCGAGGGAGACGAAGAACAACAGCCUAUGUAGGUGGAGCGCAUGCCUGGUCGGACUUCACACAGUCUCGCGGCUAGAACUUAGGUUCUUAGCCACGGGGCACUCCCACGAGGAUGUAGACCAAUUUUUUUCGAUGGUCGCUUCAAUGCUCGAGCGGUCCCCAGAGUUGCACCCGCCACAGCAGUUUGUCACGACCUUGGAGGGUUGGUUGCAGGACAAGUCGGUGAGAGAGCAUGAUCCACUGCGCUCUGUGAUGAAGGUGGACCAGGUAAGGGACUGGAGUCAUGGUAAGAAGUCGCAAGAUCCAUAUGAUAUGAUCGCAGCUGCUGACCAUCUGGAGAAGUUAGCCAGUGGAGAUUUCGAACGGGGUCCAUUGCUCGAUGUCAGCAGGUCUGAUUUGGACCUGCUUGGCCUUUGGGAGGAGACGAUCGCCAAAUUCUUGCGCUGGCAGGAAGAUACAUUUAUGCGCGUUCCAGAUUUGUCCGUCUGGGAGAAGGCUUCCUCGAUCGCGGAGGCCUACAAGAUAGGCCGUUCAGAGUCGACCGCCGCUCAUAACUUGCUGAACAACGUUGAUCCUGCCAUUGUGAGCUGGUUGACAUCUUUGGUGCAGCGAUGGACUCUCAACAAGUUCUUGACCCACGAUGCGAUUGCUCAGGGCGCUUUCAACCGCGAGACAUGCACGGCUACUUCUUGCAUGACUGCCUGGCAGGCCCAGUUGCUGAAUACUUUGGAGGUUGUUGAGUUACUGUGCAAUCGGAUGGAUUCGGAUUUCUCCAGCACUGGACUCAAGUUUCGGAAGCCGUACACUUUCAACCAGGUGGAGUCUUCGUUGCAUUUAUAUAGCAGUGACAGCUACCGCCUAAAGUCUUGUAUUAGUAUGACAUGUGAACCAGUCGCCUGGUGA